ACAAGAGUCUCUCGGUUUGGCUGGCAGGCUACCGAAGACAACUACCAGUGCCGAGUGAUUAACGUAAUGCUAACCUGACAACUGUAAUAACCGAACAGUCUUUGAACUAACUGACAUUCCGUCGGUGCGUGUUACAUUGCUCUCGCCUGGUUAACAGAGACUUUAGGUGGCGUGGCUCAUAUUUUCGGUAGAAUUUACAUCGGAUAAAUUUAAGCGAAAUAACGGACACAGGUUGGGUGAAAUGUAUGGUUAGAAUAUUUUGAGGAGGGAGUCAGCUGUAGUUUCUCCUCAAGGGGCGAGGAAUGCUAUCUGAGCAUCAAUGUUUCACUGGGGCAAGUGGAAGAAGAGGAUGGGAGCCAACAGUUCUUCAAAGAGACCCGUUUUCGACGAAAAGGAAGAUGUGAACUUUGACCACUUCCAGAUAUUACGGGCCAUUGGGAAAGGAAGCUUUGGAAAGGUAUGCAUUGUGCAAAAGAGGGACACGGAGAAGAUGUACGCCAUGAAGUACAUGAACAAACAGCAGUGCGUGGAGAGAGAUGAGGUCCGAAACGUCUUUAGAGAGCUUGAGAUCCUACAGGAAAUUGAGCAUAUAUUUUUAGUAAAUCUCUGGUACUCGUUUCAGGAUGAGGAGGACAUGUUCAUGGUGGUUGACCUCCUGCUGGGAGGAGAUCUGCGGUACCAUCUGCAGCAGAACGUCCAGUUCAGUGAGGAUGCUGUCAAACUCUACCUCUGUGAGAUGACACUGGCACUCGACUACCUGCAGAAUCAGCACAUCAUCCAUAGAGAUGUCAAGCCAGACAAUAUCCUGUUGGAUGAGCAAGGUCACGCUCAUCUGACGGACUUCAACAUAGCAACGAUAAUAAAGGACGGAGAGAGAGCCACUGCCUUAGCUGGAACCAAGCCCUACAUGGCCCCGGAGAUCUUCCAGUCUUUUGUGAGUGGGGGUACAGGAUAUGCCUUUGAAGUAGACUGGUGGUCACUAGGGGUGACAAUCUUUGAAGUGCUUCGUGGAUGGAGGCCCUAUGACAUCCAUGCAAGUAACUCGGUGGAGUCCCUGAUGCAGCUCUUCAGUACAGUCAGUGUCCAGUACAGCGCAGCCUGGCCCAAGGACCUGGUUUCCCUGAUGAGAAAGCUACUGACAGUAAAUCCAGAGCAUCGUUACUCCAGUCUGUCUGCCAUGCAGGCAUCUGCCUACCUCACUGACGUCAACUGGGACGCCGUGUACGAGAAGACGACCGAGGCCGGAUUUGUUCCUAAUAAAGGGCGCCUCCACUGCGACCCCACCUUUGAGCUGGAGGAGAUGAUCCUGGAGUCGCGCCCUCUUCACAAGAAGAAGAAGAGGCUGGCCAAGAACAGAUCUCGAGAUAACAGCAAGGAUUCUCAGUCUGAGAAUGACUACCUACAGGAUUGCCUUGAAGUGGUGCAGCAGGAGUUCAUGAUCUUCAACCGGGAGAAGUUGAAAAGGCGUCAGGAGGAGGGUCAGCCCGAGGCCGGGGGCGAUGAUGCCAGUGGAGACGGGGACGGGGAAGCCGAGGGCGGCGCUACUGACGAUGAUGCACCGGAGCCAGAACCGGAUCCCGAGCCGGAGCCUGAGUCCUCCUCCAAACGGAGCAUGUGCGGCUCGGUGUGCUCCUCCCCCGGCAGCUGCUAGCGCCACAUCGCCUCUCAGUGACGAUCACAGGCCUCUCUGGCGGCUGCAGUGUUUGUGCCAUGCCAAUAGAUACAUUCUCACCUCUCUCCUCUGUCGUAGCCAGGAGCGGAGGGAACGCACAGCAGGACCCCCCAUUAUCCCUCCAUUUUCCCCCUGUAGCAUCCUUCAGGUAGGGCAUGAAUGAAGCAGAUUUCCAGAGAGUCCCCACCUCCUGCACCCAUAGGCCCUAGAGUAAGCUCUAACUUCUAUGCAAUCUUACAGUAUAGCAUGACAAAUAAAGCAUUACUUACUAGGAGGUGUUGUUCACGAGCAGGACGCUCCACGAGCAUGAUGACAUCCCUAGCAAUAGCAGUCCACGCUCUUUGGGCGAUUGUGGUUUAGGGUGAAGACGCCUCCCCUCUCAGACUUCCUGUUCAAAAUCUGAUCGGGGCGACUGAAUUAUUCAGCGUACGCAGGCAGCCACUCAGUUUACGUUAUUGCCUGAGUCUUCAGUUCACUCUUCCUCUCCCCCAGUCUCUUUCAUGUAAUGUGUGCCCCAAUUCAGAACAAUGGUUUAUCCUGGAGCGACUUCUCCUGCAACACUUCUCCCACACACAUGUACAGUAAGUGGCUCGGUUCAGACAGGCCCAGAAAGAGCGGCUGGUUUCAUGUCGUAAACCCGUUUCAAGUUGUGCCUGUCGAUGAUAAUCAGUAUUCGUUAAUCUCAUCGUAGCCAUGGAUGCAUUAUAGGUCAGAAUGCUAGUUUGAUUUUCCUCUCUAACUGUUAGAUAACUUCUUUUUCCAAUCUUUUUUUAGGAUGAUAAGCUACUUUAAUUUAUGGGAAAUCCGCACAGCAAUCAGAAAGAAAGUGUUGCUUGUCUGUAAUGGUUACCAAGAUGUAUUUUAGCCCUGCUCCAUUCUCUGACUCAUCAUCAGAACCUGUUCUUGGGGGGGGAACUGUAAAUGCCCAUCACUAACAAUCCCAUUUUUAAGAAUCUAUUAGAGAAUUCUGCUUUCUUCAUCAUCAUCUCUUUAAGUGCUUGGUUAUAAAGAUCUUGUUGAGCUUGUUCCGGGGCUGUACUUAAAUGUGUAGCUGUGCCCUGUUGGUACUUCAAAUCAUAUAGAUGAGCUAUUGCUGUCAUAGUGAUAGCGGUACAUUUAAGGUGGCACCAUUAAUCCCAGUCUGAACACCUGGGACAUGUAGCAAAGGUUCACCUUAAACCCUAAGGCCUAAUAAAAUAGAGUAAAAACGUGUAAAUAGCAUACAGUGUAGGUAAAUAAACUCACCACAGUUUUAUGUGGGAUUGCAAACUCGACAUAUAAACUAAAGGAAGAGCCGUGUGAGGUUUUGUUCUGCUCUUCUUUCCAAGUGUGCAGGCACAACUUGUAGGCAAAAUAUGCCAAAGCUUUUCUACCAUUUGCAUAACCAUUUCUAAGGAACUUUGAAUGUGUGAUUGUGUGUCUCUCUUACCCCAGUGUGAAGUCAAUGUUCCUUCUUCAAGUGAAAAUACUAUCAUUUAUAUUGUGAAUAAAGUAUCUAUUUCAGAUAAGAGGAAGACCUUAAAGCAAAAGUUUUCAAUUCUGGGAUAUACACUUAUUGGCUGUCUUUACAAGAAUACAGGAGAAGAUCCCACUCUCAUGUCUGGAGCUAACUGGAGAUUAGCCUGGCUAAACAAAGAUUAGCAGCAGGGGAAACAGCUAGCUCAAGUUAAAAAAUAACAACGUAUUAGUGUAUCAACAUUAACUUAAAAAAGACUUUCAUUUUAAAACAUCUCAAAAGAACUUCAUGCUCUUUUUGGCUAACAAAUGUGGUGCAGUGGGUUUUUGUAAACAGUAGCCGGAGACUAAUCUUUGUAGAAAGCAAGGCUAGCUGUUUCAGGACUCAGGAGAGAAGAAACACAAGGGGAUGGUCACAUUAAUGAAAGCUUGGCUAGAAUUGUACAACCCUUAUCCUCAUUUGUUGAACUUCACUUUAAAAUGCCUUUGGUAACCUUCAUAAGUAACUGUACUUUCUAAUAUCUAUAUUUCUUCCCUAAAUAUGAGGGGUGCCCAGCUAAAGACUGGCCAAAAAUCAGGAAAAAAAGUAUUAUUGGAGUUAAUUCAGCCAAGAAAAACACAGUGAUGUGUGAUCUGCAACCUGUGGCAUUGUAACAUUCAUUUAUCAAUGUAGUAUUGGGCUUGCUCCCUGUCUUAACAUCGGUAUGGUCUAGGUUUUAUAUCAGUUUGGUGUCUCUACACUCAGUCAACAGACCAUUACGUUAGCUUGAUACCGUGGAGUUGCGUUGUUAAGUUAGUUUCUACCAAAAGAGUGAAAACACAUUAAUAUGAUUACAAUGUUGAUCUGGCUUGCUAAUGUGAGCCACUGAUAAAUCCACUUUCAGAAAACACAGUCCCCAGGGCUGACUUUAAGCUAGCUGUUGAUGUUUGUUGUGACUUGAUAGCUAAGUUUAGUAAGUUAAUAACUUCACCUGGUGAGUAAAUAAUAAAGUAAUGUAACUACUAUUACAAUGAGCAAGUAACUUAUCCAACACUGUUAAUAAUAAUAACUAUGGCUGAUGGAGCUAAAAAGAUUAGCAUGCUAACAUCAAUGCUAGCUUGGCUUCCUCUGUUGUCUUGCAGCUUGCAGACAUUGGAGUGACAUCCGUCUUAGUGACUGCCAAUUUUUCUAAAGGCUCAUUAUUCUGAUACCUAUACAAAAUGGCCGAAAGCCUCUUAUUCCGAAGGCCAUUGUUCUGGAGGCCAAAUGCUACAAUAACACCCUCUCCAUGCAACAAACUGAGGUCAAUGACUCCAUUGGACCUGUACUUGUGGUCUUUGUUGUUUGGUUAUGGUAAAAAUAAUAAGGUAAGCCAACAAGAGGCAGACUAGGGAACGCCUUUGCCACAGUAGGAAAACAGUGAGAGUGUGUAUCUUCAGAGCAAUAGGCCUUUGGAGCAAUGGAUAUUGUUUUGGGGAUAACACACUUGACAUUUUUCGGAUGAAAUGGGUUGACGGAAAAAUAGCAAAGAAAGCAAAUAUUUGUAUUUCCCAAAAUGUUGAAGUAUUUCUUAAAACACUAUAUUGUGAUUAGAUUAAGUAGCUUCUUUAAAGGGAUAUAAAGCGACAUCUUCAAAGUCUGCCAAAUAUAUGAUGAAUCUAAUAAAGUCAAGCCCUGCGCUUUUUUUGCAUGUAGCUACAGUAUAAGCCUGUUUUUGCCAAAGCCUGGAGCUUGAGCCUUACUGGCUGAUUUGUGCAUGCACAAGCUUUUGGUAUCGGCUCACCUGAUUAUGGACGCAGUCCACAUCAGAGUAUAGCUGUUUCUGGACAGUGAACUUUGUGAACUUUAAACUGUAAGAAAUCGUAUAAUCCCAGUGUUACAUGGACGGCAUGAUACUUUUAGGUGAUAUGCAGUACCUUCCGGCAGCCUGUAAGUAGUCUUAAUGCUUUGUCAAGUAUACAGGCUCGUACCCUUGCUGGAUGAGUGGAAUGAGGUCAGCAGUGGUGUGUGAUGCUCCGUUGUGGAUUAAGUGUUAUUGACUGUGCAGCAAAGGAAGCACAUUUGGAACUGGGGCAGGUUUUAACUUCACCCCAACACAGAAUAAGCUACAUUAUUAAGACACUGAAGGUUUCCAUUUGUGGAAAAGAAAGCUGAGUAAUUUCUCAUAAAUCAGUGUACUCACCACUGAAAUCGAUACAGGCCUGAAGUGGAUGUGUGCUUAAUCAUUUGUAAAUGGAUAAUAACUGAAGAUCAUUUAAGUGUAGCUUUUUUCUAAGUUACAAUACUCUUCUACAGUAUUUGUUCCUUGAUAUCGGUGAUCAUUCCUGAUUGUACCAUGCUUGCAAAGCCUUCCGACCUGUUCGUUUAUGUGUUAAUGUUCUGAAUGCCCUUGUGCUAGUGUUUGACCAGCAACAGCAUGUCUCCUAUUCAGCCGUUUUCUGGUGGAUCCCCCCGAGGCGUGCCAUCCUGUAGACGUCUUAACUCUGUGGAUACAGUUUGAAACUCAGUGCCCUGCUGAGAACAACAAAUAAUCGAGGGGAAUAAAAUAUGAUUCAUGCCACUCUUGUCCUCCUCUUGAUCCUAUUUUGCAUAAUGUUCUUGUGCCGCAGGAUUUUAACGGGGGAUCCGUGAAAAGCCUUGUUACUGUACCAACUGAAAUCGCUCCGUGUUUAAAAAAUGCUGCUUUAACUGCUUUGAUAAAGAAAUAAAUCUCCUUCCUGUAA